AUGGGAUAAGAAUAAUCGGUAAUUAUUUGGUUGUAAUCGUAGAAUUUGCCUUCAAAUAACUUGGUUGUUUAAUUGCAUAUGCAGAAUUACGAAAAGUUAACAAGAUUGAUAGAAUAGAAAUUAUCUGAUUAAACAUUCACAAUUGAUAAAAGAAUAAAUCAAAUGGAUGAUACUCUUCUCCACUAUGCGGCUUUUAAAAGAGAUAAAAAAUUAGUAUAAUAUUUGCUAUCAAAAGGAGCAUCUCCUCAUUGCAAGAAUUCGGUAAGCAAAUUAAAUCGAUAUCAUUAGCGGAAUCUUACACCUGGAGAUGUCACUGAUGACCAAGAAAUAAAAUUAAUGCUGGAGAGUAAAUGA